AUAUCUGCACCGACAAACGAGUUUGAUACAGUGAUAGGGACAACAACUAUUUGAUAGAGAUUAAGAUCGAUUUAUUAAACAACACACGAGAGAGGAUACUUCUAUUGUAAGCCUAUUGUGUCUGAUACAGUGAUAGAUAUUAUAUAGCACCGUUUCGAGUGCGUUUAGAAUAUACGAUGGCGGGAGACAAAGGCAAGGCCAAGACCGUUAAAGAAGAGGCGGUGAUAGGUAAGCUCAAUGACGGGGUAGCUACAGCAACAGGGAGUCAUACCCGCACCACACGUGGAGGGGUGAAGAAGAAGGAGUUUGCUCCUAAAUUAGUCAGCCGACAAGCACCUAUAGAGAUCCAAUCGGACAUCACCAUGCUAGCUGGCCGGGGCAAUAAUGGACGUGGGAGGGGGUCUGAUAGGGGCCGAGGCAGGGGUAGGGGCAGGGGCAGAGGCUCAGACCUGGUUGAACAGACCGGAGGGUUAUUCUCAGAGGGUAUAGGGGGUGGUGAUCCGCGUAGUAAAUCACGUUCCCAGGGCUUCUCGGCUGGUGGUGGGGUGGGUGGUGGCAGAUCUGGGGGUGGCGGGGGUGGAGGGGGGUCUGGGGGUAGGGGUGGAGCAAGUGGGGGUGGUGGUGAGAUAGGUGCGGCUACUUCGGCGGCGGAUGCGCUAGAUUUGGACGAUGAUGAUGCGGUAGAUGGUAUCCAAGACGCGCAGGAUGGUGGCCCAAUCACAUUGCCACUGAUCUCCAAACUCGCGGCGCUCAAAAUCGAGGACGAUCAAAAAAUCGCCCUGAAAAAAAGCGCCGCGCCAGAAAUGGGCGAUGACGAUAUGAGGAUAGAUGACUCUGAGGUGCAGGACGAGUUUAUGAUAUCGGGGAAGCAAACUGAUGCGCACACAAUUGAUGUGGGCCAUUUCUUCGCGGAGGCUCAAGGCGAUACACGCAGUCUGGCUGAAUCGCGGCGGUUGGUGUUCUUCCAGUUGCCUAGCAACCUACCGGUGGAUCCCGCCGCUCUAGUCAAGCCUGUCGUUGAGUCAGAGGUACCAGCUGUGCCCGCAGCAGCACAGCCAAAGACAGAGCCCUCCACGUCCCAAGCCGGCACGGCUUCAAAACCGGGAGUUAAACCGGAACAAGCCGGUAGUGCGGCCGCAACGGCAGCCAAGACCGGUGCACAGCCAACCGCACAGAGGGGUGCGGGUACAAAGGAAAAAGAUGAGAAGUUCACAAGUUUACUGCCACAGUUGGGGUCUGGUCCCAUGGGCAAAUUACGGAUACACCGGUCAGGCAGGACGACGCUACAGAUGGGAGAGGUUGCGCUUGAGGUGAAUGCGGGAACACAAUGUGGGUUUUUACAAACGGUGGCUGCCAUCAACCAGGACUACCAACAAUGCGUUAUGUUCGGCGAUAUCAUGGCGCGGUUUGUGUGCUCGCCUGACCCCUCGACACUUCUACAAGACUCGCAGAACAAGAAGAGUGUAUAGCAGUAGCAAAUGCGCUCAACGUAUGCUUGGGAUGAUAUAUAUAGAACCGCACGGAGGAAAGCAUACAAUAGUAUACAAAUUGCUUAGCGAUGCUUACUAUCAAAUAUGAUUUUAAGAGUAUAUAACUGUAAAAAAAAGUGCACAAUGUAUGCUGUUAAAAUCUUGUUCGAAGACGCGGAUAAGAACAGUAUAUAUUAUUAGUAUACAAAUGUGCGUCAGGUCUGUCUAAGGUCUCAUAUGAGUCGACAAAAGUACUUGCGCCAUAAUUUAGUACUGUACAGAGAAUAAAAUGUAGGUGCUUUCUCGCACAAUAAAAGC